AUGGCGGCUAUGUCCCCGUCGGAGAGACGUUUGCAAAAGGAACUUAUGUCUUUAAUGAAAGAGCCUCCACCGGGUGUUACCGUGGACGGAGACCAGGCUAGCCAAAAUCUGACACUAUGGACAGUACACAUGGAAGGAGUACCUGGCACUCUGUAUGAGGGCGAAAAAUUCGUGUUGCAGUUUAAAUUUACAAAUAAAUAUCCUUUCGACUCUCCAGAGGUAACAUUCAUAGGCAACAAUAUACCAGUACACCCCCACGUGUACUCUAACGGUCACAUCUGCCUUUCGAUUCUUACAGACGACUGGUCACCCGCACUGUCGGUCCAGUCCGUCUGCCUAUCUAUAGUCUCUAUGCUUAGUAGCUGUAAAGAGAAGAAGCGGCCGCCAGAUAAUUCAUUUUAUGUAAAGACAUGCAAUAAAAAUCCUAAAAAAACAAAAUGGUGGUAUCACGAUGAUUCAGUC